AUGAGGCAAGGCAAGGAAGAAGCAGUAUGCAGUGUUGAACAGGCCAUUGACUUGAUUUCAGUGGUGAAGGAGAUUCAUGGGCUUAGUGCAAAGGAGAUUAAUAAGUUGCUGAGAGACUCCGAAAAUUUUACCAUUCACUUUGUUACUGAAAAAGGAUCAGAAGUAAAGAUUGAUGUGGAAAAACUUGCAGGAUGUCUUCCUUUGCACCUUGUUGCAGUGCUCAUGUCAUCUGAUAGAGAUGAAGCGCUGCUCCGAUAUUUACUAUGUGGCAUCCGGCUUUUACAUUCCUUGUGCGAAUUAGCCCCUCGCCACACUAAACUUGAGCAGAUUUUGCUUGAUGAUGUAAAAGUAUCAGAACAGCUGAUUGAUCUGGUCUUUUAUGUGCUGGUUGUUCUCAAUGAUUACAGACAGGACAUCCAUAAUUCAAGUCCUGUGCCUCUUUUACAUUCAGCACUUGUGGCAUGCAGUCUGUAUCUAUUGACUGGAUGUAUAUCUUCACAGUGGCAAGAUCUGGCUCUAGUGAUAGUGGCACAUCCUAAGGUUGACAUGUUUAUGGAUGUAGCUUGCAGAGCUGUUCAUCUAGUUGUCAGGUUUCUCCAAAACAAGCUGUCUGCUGAGCAUACUGAUAUCUGUGCAAAGUUGAGUCCAACUGCUGAAUUUAUAGUUAACUAUCUUUGCCAACAAUGUGAGGCUUCUUUACAGUUCCUUCAGUUAUUGUGCCAACAGAAACCAUUUCGGGAGCGCUUACUGAGGAAUAAGGAACUAUGCGGAAAGGGUGGUAUUCUUUUUCUGGCUCAAUCCAUCCUGAAGUUGCAUGCACCUUAUUUUGUAGAAUCUUCCACGGUCAUGGCUGCAUUAUCUAGGAUGAAAGCUAAAGUUCUGUCAAUUUUAUUGAAUUUGUGUGAAGCAGAAAGCAUUUCUUAUCUUGAUGAGGUUGCCAGCUCUCCAGGAAGCCUGGAUUUGGCAAAGUCUGUUGCACUUGAGGUCCUUGAGUUGUUGAAGACUGGACUCAGUAAAGAUCCCAAGCAGCUCACUGCUAGUUCUGAUAGAACCUAUCCUAUGGGGCUUCUGCAACUUAAUGCAAUGCGUCUAGCUGAUAUCUUCUCUGAUGAUUCAAACUUUCGAUCUUACAUCACUGUGCACUUUACUGACUUUUUGAGUGCAAUAUUUUCACUCUCUCAUGGAGAUUUUCUAUCCAUGUGGUGUUCGGCUGAUCUCCCUGUAAGGGAAGAAGAUGGUACCCUGUAUUAUGAAAUAUUUCCUGCAGUUGGAUGGGCUUUAGAGUCACUUUCAUCAUCAGACCUAACAAAUACAAGAGAUCUGUAUUUCAAUUUUAUUUAUAACAACAUGUCUCAAGCAUCCUAUGUACAUCAAAGAACAUCUUUAUUUGUCAAAGUAAUUGCAAACCUCCAUUGUUUUGUUCCGAACAUCUGUGAAGAGCAGGAGAGGAACCUCUUCCUUCACAAAUUUCUUGGAUGCUUGCGAAACGAUCCAUCUAAGCUAUUACCCAGUUUUGUCUUUGUCUCUGGUCCACAAAAGGCUGCUGCUAUUUACAGGAACCUGCGUUCCCUGUUAAGUCAUGCGGAAUCUUUAAUUCCCACUUUUCUGAAUGAGGAUGACUUGCAGCUCUUAAGGGUAUUCUUUGACCAAUUACAAUCACUGAUAAACCCUGCUGAAUUUGAAGAAAACCGAGUUCAGGAGGAUCGAAGUCUAGGGGGGUGCUCAUCUCCUUUACUGAGAAGGGAACCUCCAAAUCGUAAUAACCGAAAUGGUAACCUGAAAGAGGAAAUGUCUGAGAAUUCUGCUUUUCAAGAAGAAGAGCAGUGUUAUGUCAGAAGCAAUCAUAUGGAUCAAGCUGAUGAUAUAACAAGGCAAGACAUGAUGGAUGAUAAAGACAAAUCUGUAACACCUAUUGGUUUGAAAGAAAUUGACAGAGAUGUUCAGAAUGUUGAAACAAGUGGUUCAGAUACAAGUUCCACAAAGGGAAAAAAUGCCGUUGAUAAAUUAGUUGAGCAUCUCAGAGAUAGUACACCUGCAGGAGUUCGAGAGGAUGAAAAAGUUGAAACUGUUCAAACUGAAGAGAAGCAACGGAGAAAAAGGAAGCGAACUAUAAUGAAUGAUGAACAGGUGACAAUAAUAGAAAGGGCCCUUUUGGAUGAACCUGAAAUGCAGCGAAAUACUGCUUCUAUACAAUCGUGGGCUGAUAAAUUAUGUCAUCAUGGCUCAGAGGUUACAUGUUCGCAGCUACGGAACUGGCUCAACAAUCGAAAGGCCAGGCUUGCACGAGCAAGUAAGGAUGCUCGCCCCCCUCCAGAGCCUGAUAAUGCUUUUGCAGGAAAGCAAGGUGGGCCACAACCAGGUCAUCCAUUCAAAGCACCUGAUAGUUCUGGUGAAGAGGCUGCCCCCUCAAAUACCAGAGGCACUCGAAGCAUGUCAAGAAUUAGCACCAGUGAAAACCCAGAGGCUCCAGAAUUUGUUGAUUUUGGUGCUGCAGAAUUUGUUCAGUGCAAGCCAGGUCAGUUUGUAGUGCUUGUAGAUGGACGAGGUGAGGAGAUUGGUAAGGGAAAAGUACACCAGGUUCAAGGUAAAUGGUGUGGAAAGAGCUUGGAGGAAUCAGGGACGUGUGUUGUGGAUGCCGUUGACCUAAAGGCUGACAAAUGGGUGAAGCUACCCUACCCAUCUGAAGCCACAGGUGCCUCAUUUGAAGAGGCUGAAACAAAAUUUGGGGUAAUGAGAGUGAUGUGGGAUUCAAACAAAAUAUUCUUGUUGCGACCUCAAUAAAUUUCAGUCUUGUUGAUUUACCAUUUUUCUUGCCCCUGGCAAUGAAAUAUAACCCGGUAUAGCUUCAAUCUCCUUAGCUCCCCUAUAACUGGUAAUCCAGUUCAUCCCUCCUCUUUCCAUUACUUUAGGGCAUAUAUCAUAGACCUUCACUAACUAAAGUCGCCCCUUCUGACAUGGGAAAAGACCACCAAAAGCAAGCUUGGUAGGAAGGGGUGGACUUACUUUUAGGACACUCAAAUGAGUUGUGAACACCAUAACCUUGAUGAAAAGAAUGUGAACUUCAAGUUUUGAGGUAACCCUUUUUCCUUUUCCCCUUUUUCCCUCAUCAAGGAAAGUGACAUUCCAAUGUACAUUGAAGUGGGAGUUAACAGAUUUCUAGUAAAAAGCAAUGUGAAAAAUUUUGUAGUUACUACUUAUGGAUCAUUAGAUUUGGAAAUCAAACAGUACAUUAUGCUCUGA